UACAAUAAGUGAAAAAGAUCAGUUAAGGUUGAAAAUGUUUACAGAAUUAUUAUUUUUACUAGUGUUUAAAAUAAGUUCGCUGUGCACAAUAGCAAUUGCUCUUAGCGCAAACUAUCGUAUUAUAAACGGUGCUACCGUUAGAUGGCCUUAUGCACGUUAUCAAGCGUCCGUACGUUGGGAAUAUCUAGAUUGGACGUUCGGUUGGGGUCAUCAAUGCGGUGGCGCCUUGAUAGCGUCAAACAUAGUUUUGACGGCAGCGCAUUGUGUAUGGAAUGGCUUCUAUGAUCAGCCGCUUGAGCCUGAAGAUAUUCUUGUAGUUCUUGGUGGCUUAAAUCGUUAUGUUAAAGAUGAAAAUACUUUGGUUUUGGGUGUUAAGGAUAUAAUAGUAGGUGCUGAUUUUCACAGUAAAUUUCUUACGGAUGAUAUAGCGGUUUUAAUAUUAAACAACACGGUGUCCGUUGACUUUAAAGCGGCCGCUAUAAUCGAAAUGAAUUAUAAACCUGAAGUGAUCUCGGGCACUAAAUGCAUCGUGACUGGUUGGGGUAUAAUGAAUAAUAAGAGCUAUCCCGAAGAGCUUCAAUUCAUUGAAGUGCCUAUCAUUGCUAAAACAAAAUGUCUAGAGUUGUAUGGUCCCAAAAUCUUUAAAGAAGGUAUGUUGUGCGCUGGUUAUAUAAAAGGUGACAGAGAUGCUUGCACUGGUGACUCUGGUGGUCCGUUGGUUUGUGAUAAUAAACUCGUCGGUAUUGUCUCGGCCGGUUUAGGUUGUGCCAAGCCUGAUUAUCCAGGCAUUUAUACCGAUGUGGCGUUUUACGCAGCGCGUGUAACUAACGCCUUGGAAACACAUAGAAUAGAAAAUGAUUUAACUAAAUUACUAAAUGGAAAUUUAAGUUUCAAUAUUCACGUUAACACUAGCGCAGCUUCACUGUUUUUCUUCACUUCGAAACAUUAUUUUACUUUACUUUAUCUCUUAAUUGCAUGUACUAAGCUUGGUAAUAAGAUAGUUGAUGGGAUGUUAUUUGCUGGUUAUUUGGAGGAUGAACGAGAUGCUUGUAAAGGUGAUUCGGGCGGUUCUUUGAUGUGUAGCGGAGUUCAAGCGGGUAUUAUAUCGUGGGGUAAAGGCUGUGCUAAACCGUAUUUACCAGGCGUAUAUGCCAACGUUGCUUACUACAAGGAUUGGAUAUUAGAACAAAGUAAAUUGCAUAACAGUAUUUUAACAGUUUUUGUAAAUGGUACCCUAGGUACUGUAAACAAUGUUAUGAAUGGUACGAAUGUUGCCGUCUCAACUUGUAAUCUUAGUGAUUCAGUUGCAGUAAUUACAAUAUUAUUUAUGUUAAAUAUUUUUUAUUUAACUCCGAAUAUUUAAGUUAACGAAUAACAG